AUGAUGGAAGACCUCUCCGACCUUCCGGUUGCCAUUGAGGAAGCCUCUAAGCUCAUGGGAAUACGUGGCUUCACCGACUCCCCUGACGAUGCCGCAUUUGCAUCUGAUGCUCUACGCAUCGAAGUCACGGGUCCCACUGGUUUACAACUGAGCAUUGUUGACCUUCCUGGUCUUAUUUCAGUCUCCAACGAGGAACAGUCCCAAGCCGAUGUUGACGCGGUUCAUGCCAUGGUUCGGAGCUACCUGCGGAGCACCCGAACGAUUAUCCUCGCUGUUGUUCAGGCCAGUAACGACUUUGCCAAUCAAGGCAUCAUCAAAAUUGCGCGCGAGUAUGACCCAGAUGGGCAGCGGACUGUUGGUAUCAUCACCAAACCCGAUCUCAUCAAUGUCGGAGCCGAAGCCAAGCUCUCCAACAUCGCCAAGAAUAAGGACGCAAUCAAGUUGAAACUCGGCUUUUUUCUUCUUAAGAACCCAAGUCCAUCUGAGAUGCAGGCUGAUAGUGCGAAUAUCAGUCGCGCAGAGCGUGAGAUGAACUUCUUUUCCUCGCCAGCAUGGAAGGCCCAGAACCUUGACAUGAGCCGGGUCGGCAUUGAAAAUCUGAAAGCUUUCCUCCAGGAGCUUCUAGAUGAGCAUCUCGAGGGAGAGCUGCCAAAGCUAAAGGACGAGGUUAGACGUGCUCUAAACACGUUGGAAAAAGAACUCGAUGACAUGGGUCCUGAACGACGGUCCCUCGGCGACAUUCGAUCUUUCAUGACCAACCUCAGCAUGCGUUAUUAUCAACUGGCUCAGGCGGCUUUGGAUGGGAACUAUCACUGCUCAGAUGCCGCCUUCUUCGAUAAAAAGAAUGGAAGCAGACUCCGCUCUUUGGUUCACCAGCGGAACGGUGUGUUUGCCACCAAAAUUCGCGCGCAAGGGCACAAACGCAAAAUCACCGACAGCCCACCUACGCCUGUCUCAGAUGGUGAUCUUGGCUGUGACUGUGAUGGCGAUCAACUUGUCGUAACACGAAGCGAGAUGAUAUCUUGGAUCUGGGAGACUUACAAUGAAACCAGGGGGCGUGAGCUUCCUGGCAACUACAGCCACAUUUUACUCGCUGAGCUUUUUCACGAACAUUCCAGUCCAUGGCGCAAGCUCGCAGAAGAGCACGUUUCUGCUGUUCUGGAAAAUGUGUCGAAGUGGAUUCAACAAGCGGUUUCUACACUAUUCCAUGAGGAUCGUCUGCGCAGAGACAUCAACAGUUUCUGCCAAGAGCAGUUGGAGCUGUCUAGAAAGACUGCAUUCAAAGAACUCGAGCAAAUAAUUCUAGAUGAAAACCGGCAUCCGAUUACGUACAAUCAUUAUUACACCGAAAACAUUCAAAAGGCGCGCAACGACUCGCAGAAAGAGCUACUAGAGAGCUCGCUCGCCAUGAUUGGAGGGGGCACCUUUCACGUCGGCCACCCUGAUGACAGAAAACGUCUUAUCGGUGGUCUGCAGCCCAGGCUAUGCGUUGAUAUGGACCAGCAGGCAUGUGAAGAGGCUCUUGCGGGUCUCAAUGCUUACUACAAGGUUGCGAUGAAAACUUUUGUGGACAAUAUUUGUAGACAAGUCGUUGAACGUCACAUUUUGGCCCCGCUGCCAGAGAUCUUCAACCCCACGACAGUUUCACAACUCUCCGACGAUGAGCUAUUGCGCAUUGGGUCAGAGCCGGAGAAGGAAAUUGCCCGCCGGCAAAGACUCGGAGCCUCUGCUCAGGGCUUGCGGAGCAGUCUUCUUGAGUUGCAAUGCUUGUCAGUCAAGUACUUUCACUCUCCUUCGUGGGCCAGUCUGCUUUCUACGCCACCAUGGAUUACACUCUUUCCGGCCCUGGACCUAUGGGGCCACAAGGAGUUCCCCGGCAGCGGCAAACGGUCCCAGCUCCCCGUCACCCACUCCCCGGACCCGGACCCCAGCGCUCGAGUCGCACACCCCAGAGUUCGGUCCCUGGUCGCAUCCAAGACUGUCAACUGGCGUCUUGGUCUUCUCGACAGCUCUGGGGGCUCGGCUAUCCGCAUGGGUACCCUGCACUCCGGUAGACCUAAAAAGGGAGCCCACGACCGCGACCUGCCGACCGCCGGUGUAAGCACCGUCUACGCUUUUCCGCGGAUAUGCGUGGCUGUCGGCGGAAGUCCUGGGCGGAGGAUCCCACCCCUUUCUCUCACUCUCGUCACCCCCAAAUCAAAUUUCGGAACCCCAUGCCCGACCCCCGCCCUCGCGCUCUCCCGCCGAGCCUCUCGGCAAUGCUCGGCGCGGCACGGCAUACGCCGUGGCGGACCAAUGGGCGGAGGCCGCGGUCGUAUCAACGUCGCCCGAGAGUCAUGUCUGACGGAUGCCAACUGGGCAUAG